GGAAGUGCGAUUGAUUUCAGGCGGUCGGUUUUAUUUUAGUGAUCACUCUCUCGCGCUUUACAUUGUCCUUCCUUUGUAUAUUUAACCCUCAGUCCUGGAGGCUGCGUAUCGUCGGGUAUCCGUUGUCCUUCCGAGAUCUGAGUCCGCCCAUUGCCCUAUUCCCGUGAUUUUAUUAGCGCGGCCCUGUUCCGCGUCGCUGCCACUUGCCUCCAUGACUGGCUAUGAUGCGUCAACGCUUGGGAAUGAGGAGAAACACACGGAGACGGCCUUAGCAACCCAGGAGCAACCGUCCUUGCGAACGGCCUCCAAAGACGACGAUUAUGGCGACAAGAUAGAAGAGGUGGAGGAGACCUCGCAAGAUUGUGAAUAUCGGGAAGAUUCAGACCCGGACGCAUUGCAAGGAAACGACGCGGAGGCGGCGACGGCAGCACCUGUGGAAAAGAAGACGACCAGGAUAAGCGUCAACAACUUGGCCAGUAUACCUAAUGGCGGCUUCCGCGCCUGGAUGCAGGUCAUGGGGAGCUUCUUCAUCUUCUACAACUCGUGGGGCAUAAUCAACACCUACGGAGUGUACCAAACGUACUACCAGCUCGACAUCUUGAAAAGAGAGAGCCCGAGCGCGAUUUCGUGGAUCGGAUCCAUCCAGGCCUUCUUGCUUAUGAUGGUCGGUGCGGUGACCGGUCCUGUGUACGACGCUGGCUACUUUCGAGAGCUGCUUUGGAGUGGUAGCUUCUUCAUAGUCUUCGGCCACAUGAUGCUUAGUCUCUGCAAGGAGUACUAUCAAGUCCUUCUCGCCCAGGCAUUCUGCAUCGGCGGCGGUGCUGGGCUGAUCUUCGUGCCCGGCGUGGCUAUCAUCAGCACCUACUUCACGACAAAGCUGGCCAUUGCGACUGGCAUCGCUGCAGCUGGGAGUUCGCUAGGCGGUGUACUCUAUCCGGUGAUGCUAAACAAGCUCAUCCCGCAGGUCGGCUUCCCCUGGGCUGUGCGCAUUAUCGGUUUUCUGUGUCUGGCCACACUUUCAGUCCCUCUGUUGGCGAUGAAGGUCCGCGUCUUACCGGCCGCGAAGCGACCGCUCGUAGAUUGGAGCGCACUACGCCAACCUGAGUACGUCCUCUUCGUGACCGGAAGUUUUGUCGGCUUCCUUGGACUGUACAGUCUAUUCUUCUACGUGCAGUCCUACGCCAUCGCGAAGGGAUUGAUGGAUCGGAACCUGGCCUUCUAUUUGCUGAGCAUGCUGAACGCUGCCAGCGCUUUUGGUCGAACAGUACCCAAUCUCGUGGCCGACAAAAUCGGUCCACUUAAUUGCCUGACCCCCGCGGCUAUAAUGUCGGGCGUAGUAAUUGCAUUGUUGAUCCCCGCAAACAGCUCCGCGGCACUGAUCGUGCUCGUGCUGCUGUUCGGAUUCUUCUCCGGCACAUACGUAUCGUUGCCACCAACCGUUGUUGUCUACAUGACCAAGAACCGAGGCCUGAUAGGAACGCGCUUGGGGAUGUGCUUCGCGGUCGUCAGCAUUGGCAUGCUUAUUGGCCCGCCGAUUCAAGGAGCCAUCCUACGUAAGUCCGGGUUCAACGCGGUUUGGAUAUUUGGUGGCGUCGUCACGAUUGCUGGAGGGCUGUUGCUGCUUGCGAGCCGAAUUGCGUUUAAAGGCUGGAAGCUGAUGGUCAAAGGAUAGACGUCGUUACAUGUCAUAGAAUAGAGAGCGAAAAUGCAUUAACCACGGGUAGAAGGGAAGGGAAAAAUAAAAGAACAUUAUGUUUUUUGGCA